AUGUAUAACUCCAGCAACAACUUUGAUUUCAACCGCUCUGCUUGGCCCGCUUCCAGUCCCUCAUGGCCGCCAGGACACAAUCCCAAUCAGACGCGGCUCAAUUCAGGUCCGGCAUAUGGGGCCCUUCAAAGCCAAUCCUUACAAGCACGCACCACUGAUGCUCAGCAAAGUCGGCCUCCGUACAAUUCAUCACUGACUCCAAGUUACUAUUCGACACAACCAGCUGGUUCCUUUCAUACUCAAGCACCUCACCAGUCAUCACAAACACACGUUUCUCAGCUAAGCCCGCUAAGCCCAGGCUACCUUCACCCUCAAGCUCGGUAUGAAUCACCCGGGGACUUUCAAACUCAUACUCAAAUCCACGGCACCUAUGAUCUUGGCCAUUCUACCCAAGAAGAUCGUAGACUUUCACUCAGUUUCUCUAGUUCAGACGCUUCCAGGCCCUCAACAGUGGGCCAUGGAGUCCAGCAAAGUCAAGUCCGAGCCGAUCUUCAGCAGUCUACUCCGUCAUCCCACGCCCAGCGUGGUCGGCUCAGUGGUAACAGCCAUCUUUACAACACCUACAAUACUGAUUUUGCCAAUCCAGAAAGCUGUGAAACUGAUAUACAACCACACCCACGAAAUGAGACCAGCACAAGACUGAACGAAGGUCGACCAGACACUUUAAGUACCUCUCAACUCCGCCCAACCGUGUUGCCUUCAAAACGUGCAAAAAAGAAUGCCCGCAACCGUUCAAAUCUGGAAAAUAAUCAAUUACCAUCAACAGCCGGUCCUACCCUCCCAACACCUACGUUGACACUAGCUGCAGCAAAAGCUGCAGAAACUAGAGCUCUAGUCAACAAUUUUCUUCCAAAGUCUCUCCUUGGGGUUCCUUCAAAAUCAACUCCGGAACUACCUAUCAUGACAUCCGACAAGAUGAUGAGCAAGACUUCAGCCGAACUACGUAUACUCUCAGUGGAACAUUGUAAAGGGUCUACGGUUCCUCCGGCUUUACAAUCAUACUUCAUGUGUUUGUAUGACGAUUUUGACAAAGCAUUGGCCAUUAAUUGUAUCAACAAUCAGGUCUCAGUGGACGCGGUACAAAAACUAUGGGGGCAAAAGGUUGUGCGGAAAGGGCCAAACAGCUGGCAAAAAUUUCAGGCAACUGCGCAAGGGAAAGAAGAGUAUAGAAAUCAAAAAGGAGUUGCCAAUGGUCGAGCCUCAACCUCGCUAUCUGCUUUGUGGAACACAAAAACCCAGGCAGAGAAAGAUGCAUUUAAAUCACAGAAUCAAUCAACAUCAUUGAUCAAUACCACAGCUGAUACGGAUUCAUCCUUACCACCAUCAGGCCUUUCUACAACUACCCGUGCCAAAAAUAUGUCUUUGCUCGGCGCACGCGCAGCUGUCAGUGAUUUCAUGAUAAGGUGGCAACUGGAGGCAAACGACAUGGCAGCAACGUACCGGGGUGACUUUGUCAUCAUUGGGGUAUCUACUUAUUUAGGCGACGAAGCCUACCAGAUUGUUCGAGCCACCCCGCGCGCUUCGAUGUGGAUAGAUAACGACAAGAAAUGCAAUCCACAGACGCACGUCGCCGCACAAUUCCAGUCUUAUGUGACUGGCACUGCGGCUGGGUUACUCAACUCAAACAAAGGCAAAGUGGAUAAACGAACAGAGUGUCGGGAAGCCUUGUCCAAUCUGAUCAGUACACGUACAAAGGGGGCUGCCAAGAAGUGGUGGUGGAAAGACUGCGAAGCAAAACUAUUGAAUCUAGGCUACUUUGUAAACUUGGCCUCAAAUUCGAAGUCUCAAGCAAGCGACUUGAUGCAAGAGAGUAAUCAACUUACCCCUGCACAAGCUCGUGAUAUUUUAUCGGAUAUUGCAGAUAACAACAUUCAAAUCCUGCAAAUCGAAGCAUUCUCUGCUCAGAAUCCUAAACGCAAACGUGUCAAUCCCGCCGAUGACUCACUUCCUGCCAAUAAUGAUAACACCCCUCCCACUCCUAACACAAACACGCCUCCUGGUGAUAUCACAGCCGGCAACAUCGCUUCCGUUAACAGCACCGAUCCCUCUGAUAACACAGGUACCGCUGAUCGCCUUGACAACACAUCUCUCAAUGCUGAUGUUAAUAACAUACCACCCAUCAGCAACAUAUCUGGAGAAAAGGAUGAUACUAGCAUGAAUGUUCCUUUGACAGGUCUCACUUAG